GAAUACUUAGCAACUAUUUAUAGAUUCUGUACCAAUUAUUUUGUACGCUUGAAGCAAUUACAUAACAAAAGGUCUUUUGAAAGUGAGAACGCUUUGAAAUGUCCUCAGACAAUGGUAGAGGAAGUUCUGUUACCGAGGAGAAGCGACCGUCGCAGUGGGAGGAGUUGAUGAGGAAAUUUAUUGAAGAGCACAAAGUAGAAUGCAAGGCGGUGUCUGUGGAUAUUCCGCGGGUGACGCGCUCCGCCAAGGAGUUCCCGACGGGCUCCCGCUACGAGGGCACAUGGGACGUGCUCGGCAUGAGCGGCUACGGACUCUACACUUUUCCUAACGGUGUGAUCUACGAAGGCGAGUUUGAAGAUGGUAUGUUUCAUGGUCGGGGUGAGCUACGUUAUCCGUGCGGAGCAGUCUUGUACGGCAAGUGGACGCGCGGUGUGUUGGGAGAGAAGACUCUCGCGUUUGCUGAUGGUCUGGAAUAUGACGAAGAUAUAUGGCCGUACUGCAUUAUGCCUGACCGAAGAUUCACCAUAGAACACAAUAAAGGAUUGAAGCCAGCCGGUGAAUCUUACACAACACCCGAUCAGCCCCCGCGUGAAAUACCAAAAGGAUUCUACGACACAGGAGACGGAUUCUACGAUCCCGAAACUAAAGUUGUCUACAAAGCCGAUGACCCCACUUCUAUUGUCAGAUACCCUUGUGAACUGGAACAGAAAUGGAUCUUGGAGAACUGUCGCACAAACCCCGAGUCAACAAUCGGUCCACGCGAGGACUUAUACGAGGAAUGGGUCCUGCCCAUGACUUACGUGCCCAACAUGCAGUCGUCAAUGUCCAUGUCCAUGGCGUCGUUCUCCUAUCGGUACAGCAUGGACUACGGACAUGAUUCUGACUCUGUAAGACAUAAGAUGACUUAGUUUAUUACUUACAGAUAUUUGUUGGAACACUUUGUAUAUUUAAGGUGUGAACAAUCGAGUACGGAAUAGAUUUUUAAGUCUACAAUAGUGC